AGUGGCCCGGCUGGGCGGCACUUGGGCCGGUGGAAGCAGCGUCGCCCGUGUGGAAGCGAGCGGAGCCGGGGCUUCAUUGUCACUGUCGAGCGCCUGGAGCGACCGUGCGGAGGGGCUCAGCCUUCACCACUCUGCCGUUCUAUGUCCUACUGACACGCACCGUCAGUCACCUUUGCAGAAUUUAUUCACUUUCGUCGUCGAGGGGAUAUUAGAGUCCCGAAGGAGGCAAGACCAUGACGGCCGUCGAGAGUCAAGUGCAGUACACGACCACGUACGUGACGACCACCACGGAGGAGUACAUGACCCAGGAGGAUGACUGGGACCGCGACCUGCUGCUGGACCCUGCCUGGGAGAAGCAGCAGAGGAAGACCUUCACCGCCUGGUGUAACUCUCACCUGCGGAAGGCCGGCACGCAGAUCGAGAACAUCGAGGAGGACUUCAGAAACGGCCUCAAGCUCAUGCUUCUUCUGGAGGUUAUCUCAGGUGAGAGGCUCCCCAAGCCCGACAAAGGCAAGAUGCGCUUCCACAAGAUCGCCAACGUGAACAAGGCCCUGGACUUCAUCGCCAGCAAGGGGGUCAAGCUGGUGUCCAUCGGCGCUGAGGAAAUCGUGGACGGCAAUGUGAAGAUGACACUGGGGAUGAUCUGGACAAUCAUUCUGCGUUUCGCCAUCCAGGACAUCUCUGUUGAGGAAACGUCCGCCAAGGAAGGGUUGCUCCUGUGGUGCCAAAGGAAGACCGCUCCUUACAGGAACGUGAACGUUCAGAACUUCCACAUUAGCUGGAAGGAUGGACUGGCCCUGUGUGCCCUCAUCCACAGACACAGACCCGACCUCAUCGACUACUCCAAACUGCGAAAGGAUGACCCCAUUGGCAACCUCAACACUGCUUUUGAAGUUGCUGAAAAGUUCCUUGAUAUCCCCAAGAUGUUGGAUGCUGAAGACAUUGUUAACACACCAAAGCCCGAUGAGAAGGCCAUCAUGACCUACGUGUCCUGCUUCUACCAUGCCUUUGCUGGAGCAGAGCAAGCUGAGACGGCAGCUAACAGGAUCUGCAAAGUGCUGGCCGUGAACCAAGAGAAUGAGAGGCUGAUGGAGGAGUAUGAGAAACUGGCCAGCGAGCUGCUGGAGUGGAUCCGCCGCACCAUCCCCUGGCUGGAAAACCGCGUGGCGGAGCAGACCAUGCGUGCCAUGCAGCAGAAGCUGGAGGACUUCAGGGACUACCGCCGUGUCCACAAGCCCCCACGUGUGCAGGAGAAAUGUCAACUGGAGAUCAACUUCAACACCCUGCAGACCAAGCUAAGGCUCAGCAACAGGCCUGCUUUCAUGCCCUCAGAGGGCAAGAUGGUCUCGGAUAUUGCCAAUGCCUGGAAAGGUUUGGAGCAAGUUGAAAAGGGCUACGAGGAAUGGCUGUUGACAGAGAUUCGCCGCCUGGAGAGGCUGGAUCACCUAGCUGAGAAGUUCAAGCAGAAGUGUAACCUGCACGAGGCCUGGACUGCAGGGAAAGAGGACCUGCUGACACAGAAGGACUAUGAGUCAGCCUCCCUUAUGGAGAUUCGUGCCCUUAUGAGGAAACAUGAAGCUUUUGAAAGUGACCUGGCUGCCCAUCAAGACAGAGUGGAACAGAUUGCUGCCAUUGCCCAGGAACUGAAUGAGCUGGAUUACCACGAUGCUGCCACUAUCAACGCUCGCUGCCAGGGCAUCUGUGACCAGUGGGACAACCUUGGCACUUUGACCCAGAAAAGGAGAGAUGCACUGGAGCGUGUGGAGAAGCUGUGGGAGACCAUUGACCAGCUGUACCUAGAGUUUGCCAAGAGAGCAGCGCCUUUCAACAACUGGAUGGAUGGAGCCACUGAGGAUCUGCAAGACAUGUUCAUUGUGCACAGCAUUGAGGAGAUCCAGAGCUUGAUCACAGCUCAUGACCAGUUCAAAGCAACUCUACCUGAAGCUGACAAAGAACGCAUGGCUACCAUGGGGAUUCAGAAUGAGAUCCUGAAGAUCGCUCAGACAUAUGGCAUCAAGCUGUCUGGCAUCAACCCAUAUACCAACCUCUCCCCUCAAGACAUUACCAACAAGUGGGAGACCGUGAAGCACCUUGUUCCCCUCAGAGACCAAAUGUUGCAGGAAGAGCUGGCGAGACAGCAGGCCAAUGAAAGACUUAGGCGUCAGUUUGCAGCUCAGGCUAACAUCAUAGGACCCUGGAUUCAAACCAAGAUGGAGGAAAUUGGACAUGUCUCAGUGGAUAUUUCAGGGUCUCUGGAGGAACAGAUGAACAACCUGAAGCAGUACGAGCAAAAUAUCAUCAACUACAAGUCCAAUAUUGACAAGCUGGAGGGAGACCACCAGCUCAUCCAGGAAGCCCUGAUCUUCGACAACAAGCACACCAACUACACCAUGGAGCACAUCCGUGUGGGCUGGGAACAGCUUCUUACCACCAUCGCCCGCACCAUCAAUGAGGUUGAGAACCAGAUCCUGACCAGAGAUGCCAAGGGAAUCAGUCAGGAGCAGCUGAAUGAAUUUAGGGCCUCCUUCAACCACUUUGACAGGAAGAGGAAUGGCAUGAUGGACCCUGACGACUUCCGUGCCUGUCUGAUCUCAAUGGGCUACGAUCUUGGUGAGGUGGAGUUUGCUCGCAUCAUGACGCUUGUGGAUCCCAACAACACAGGCGUCGUCACCUUCCAGGCUUUUAUUGAUUUCAUGACCCGCGAGACUGCCGAGACCGAUACCGCUGAACAAGUCAUGGCCUCCUUCAAGAUCCUUGCCUCUGACAAGCCAUACAUCACAGUGGACGAGCUGCGCAGAGAGCUUCCCCCAGAGCAGGCCGAGUACUGCAUUACCCGCAUGACCAAGUACAUCGGAACCGACAUCCCUCCCGGUGCCCUGGACUACAUCUCAUUCUCCAGCGCCCUUUACGGAGAGAGCGACUUGUAAACAGUCCCCGCUCUCCACAAGCUCCCUUAUCUUCACCCCCUCUUACCCACCACUCCCUGUUCCCCAGAACCCUGCAUCUCCCAGCCCUGAAACCUGCCCCAGGGGAGUGGGAGGCUUUGCUCAAGCAGCACCUCUUCAGGUGGUUGUAUUGUCUGUUUAGCCUUUGAAUGUGAGGAUACAGCUCAGCAGUUUUACUAGCAUUAACAACAUGACAUUGAUUUCUCACACAUUGACCUGGCUGUCCAACGUGACAUCUCUCCAGCCUGCCAACACUGGACAACUGGGUCUCUUUCUGGCUACAACAGACUCUGCAACCACACGGAGGCAAAUCUCUUGUUUUGACAGGGAUUUAAUGAGCAAAGUCACCCCCUGUGCCUGUGCUCAAGUGCUUUGAGUAAAAUAGCUCCUCUUGAAAACCAAGUUAUUCUUACAGAUUUCUGCUGUGAUUAUUGUAGAAGCACUGUCCAUAUGAGCAUUCAUCUCCCACAGUUACACCAUAUUAUCGUGUAGUAAAGGUCCUCUGUGCCUCUUGGCCCAAUGGUUUAGAUCCAGUUUACAACCAGAUCCUCCUCCUAAGGGAAUCCCAAAAAAAAAAAUUUACCUGUAUAAACUCAUUGUAAACCAUUACCACUUUCCCCGGUUUUGCUGGAAUCCCAGUGUGCAUGUGUAUUAUGUAUUGCUUGAGGGCAGCGAUAAGAACGGAAUUCUUAUGUUACACAAGAAAUGAUGACACAUCGAAAGGAAAAGGCUGAAUUCAAUGUACUAUAUGGAUAUGAACCAUAUACUCUAUAGUGUCGCCAUGAACAAAGUGUAGCCUGGACGUCCCCAUGUGAAGAAGUGAUCCAGUAUUUCAUUGAAAAAGGGACAGGAUGUCUUUGACAGAAAAAAACAUCUGGGCCUUUACUCCCUGGUGGCCUACAGGCUUCCUGAAGUUACACUGCCAACUUCCUGCUGUCCCUUCAUGUGUUGUGUUAUAGAAAAUAGUAGAAAGGAGGAAAUCACAUCAGGUAUAUUGAUGUGCAAGUCAGGAUGAAACAAAUUAGGUAUGUGAAAAUCUCCUGGAUGCAAUUAACAUGGUUCCAUCAGCUAGAAGCCUGUUGAUGUAAAAUUCGGAGUGGAGAAUCGCACAAUAAAGUCAGAGCAUUUGGGCAAUGUGAA